AUGGAUCCCAACAAUAACCCUUUUAACACCCAAAAUUCUACUAAUUAUCCUUUCAACUAUCUGAAUCCCAACUAUAUAUUUCAAAAUCAAUCUUCCAACCAACUAGGUCCCCAAAAUAUGCCAAAUUUCAUAAUGCCGUCAUCUAAUCUAAAUUAUCGUCCAUAUUAUGGAUCUAUGAUGUCAUAUUCAUCGCAAGCACCACCUUAUUAUUCUUCUACUCCAAAAGAAAAUGAAAAUGUUCCUAAUGUUAGACUUGAUGAAUUUCCUGAAUUUUCUACACAAACGGCUCUUGGUGGCAUGAGCGGUGGUCAUGAAGCCACUCCAAAUACAGAGGAUUCAACUCAUGUUCGCCGAAAAAGCCCCAAAUGGACCACUGGUCAAACUUUGAUUCUAAUUAGUGGGUGGAUUAAAUAUGGAACAGACAGUGUUGUUGGGAGAAACCAAAAAAGUGAUUCAUAUUAA